UUUACUUUUGUUCCGGCUCCGUGGAGCAUUGCACCGAGGUCUCAACAAUCUCUUUCAAUAGCCUUUCUGUUACAUCCCCAUUCUAGAUGACAGCAAGUCUGACUGUCUCAACCGCCAUAUAAAUCCACCAACAUGCCCAAGGUCAAACCACAGAAGCGCAACAGCGCUUCGAAAGCCAAUCCAUAUGCUGACGCUGCGGCCAAAACUAAAGCAGCCAACAGCAUUUUCAAAAUGAAUACGGACCUUGGCCAACAUAUCUUGAAGAACCCCGGUGUCGCGCAACGAAUUGUUGAGAAAGCUGAGCUGAAGCAAAGUGAUGUUGUUCUAGAAAUUGGCCCAGGUACUGGUAAUUUGACAGGCACACCCGCCCAGAAUCGCCUUGAUGUUAUACUUGGAGACGUAAUGAAGACAGAACUCCCGUACUUCGACGUUUGCAUUAGCAACACUCCCUAUCAGAUAUCUUCUCCGCUCACAUUCAAACUUCUCGCGACCUCGCCCGCUCCUCGGGUCUGUAUCCUAAUGUUUCAACGUGAAUUCGCGCUGAGGCUUUUCGCCAAACCGGGCGAUAAGCUUUACAGUCGCCUCUCCGUCAAUGCUCAGAUGUGGGCUAAGAUCGACCACAUCAUGAAGGUUGGAAAGAAUAACUUCAAACCCCCUCCGCUGGUUGAGUCCAGUGUAGUCCGAUUAGUCCCCAAGAACCCCAGACCUCAAAUCAACUAUGAUGAAUGGGACGGACUUUUGAGAAUCCUUUUCGUUCGGAAGAACAAGACAAUCCGAUCAAGUUUUCUCGGAAAGUCCACCGUGAUGGACAUGCUGGAAGCUAACUAUCGGACAUGGUGUGCACAAAAUGACAUUCCAGUCGAGGACGGGCCAGCGGACGAGACCGCGGCAGAUGCGAUGGACACGGGCAAUGUGGAAGAUGAAGAUGACGAGGAUGAGGUUGAAGAGGUCAUGGAUGUGGAUGAUGAAGAUGACGUGCCGGACUUUUUCAAAGAGCAGGAAAAUGCCCGUAUACAAGAGGCGCUAAAGGGUCGGUCAAGCCGUAAGAAGAGAGGAAAGGUUGGAGAGCUGGUUCGAGAGAAGGUUCGGCAGGUACUGGAAGACGAAACAGGGCUUGCAGAUAAACGUGCAAGGAUGUGCGAUGAAAACGAUUUUCUGAAGUUGUUGUGGGCGUUCAACCAGAAAGGCUUCCAUUUCACUUAAUUCCACAGCUGGUGAGAAAGAUGCGCAUACCAUUCUUGGGAUUUCA